AUGAGACCUGAAGACCACAAAAAGACCACAAAAAGCUUUGGUUCAAGCCAGAAGGAGGAGUCUGUACUUCUUCUACCACCGCUCUCCUUAGAGGACCCACCCUGCUCAAGCAAGGAGGAGGAAUCUCUACUUCCUGUAUGCCCACCUACCGAGGAAGACGUGCCCUGCCAAACGUCACCCAUAGCAUCCUCCUCCCUGGGCACACCAUCCCCCUCCUCCUCCCUCCUGGAUUUUCCAGCUGAACUGAGAGAACUGGAGAAUGCUGGAGUGAGAUUUAGCGGCACGCCUCUCCACCACUCCAGCCACAGGACCGUCCUCCCCCCUCCAAACCCUCCAAACCCCCCAAAUCGCCCCAAAUCCACCAAACAGCAACCUGCCCCUCCUCCUCUCCCACGACAAGGAGUACUGCAGCAUCCUCUCCCUCAGCGUGAUAAGAGCACAGGACUAACAGUGAGGAACACCUCGUUCUCAAUGAGCUCUUGCUGA